AUGGAAUCAGACCUGCAAGAAGAGUCGGAGCCUCAACAGGAAGCCUCCGAAACCAUUGAGAAGGAAGAACCCCUAGAGGAAGAAGAACCAGAAGAGGAAGAAAAAGAAUCCCAAGAUAUGGAGGAAGAAGAAUUGGAGCUUGUCGGCAUAGAGGUCGAGGGAGAAGAGGAACCAUUUGAGAAGUUCCCCGCGUUUCAAGAAGAAGAGAAUGAUGUGAAUGAUGAAUCUGACUACUAUGCCCCAACCGACAAGGGAUCUGACUUCUAUGCACCCUCGCCCAUAAUGGUACCUGUGGCCUCUACUAUGGUAUCAAAGAAUUUUGGGAGGGCUGGCCCUUCGGAACCCGCUUGCUUUACCACCACUAUACCAGCUUACACGGCUCUGCCUAGUGUCCGUGUGUCCACCCCGCUUACCAAACACCACCAACAGACCUAUCAACCAUCCCCUCAACAAAAUUACUGCCCACCACCGAAUAACCCACCACAAGCAUAUCAAACACCUAAAAACUACCAAAAUCAACCACCACCCCUAGCAUAUAAUGCUCCACAUCUAGCUUUUAAGAGAAAGCCAGUAAGGGAAUUCACAAAAGUUCUCGAGCUUAGGGCUCGGCUCUUCGAAAGGUUAUUGUCCGCGGGCCUGAUCCAGAAGGUCCCUCCAAAACCAGCACAGCUAGGGAACAAAUUCUACAGGACUGAUCAGACUUGUGCUUAUCAUUCGGGAGGAAAUGAGCACAGCAUAAAAGACUGCAUAAAUCUCAAGCACAAAAUCCAGGAUCUGAUCGGCGAAAGGGAAAUCACCUUGGAAACAGCAGCUCCCAAUGUGAACACAAGCCCGUUACCUAACCAUGGAAAUAACAGAGUCCACAUGAUUGAGAGGGACGAGGACUAG